CUAAUGUCUUACCACAGAAUUUCAGUUUCGGAAUACCUUAUGGGAGACAUCGACCUCUCGUCGAUACCAUCGUUCAAGUCGACCGACAAUUUGAUGGCCGACCCGUUGUCGUCAUCGCCGGUGAACUCGCUAUCGGCGGCCGAUAUCGACGACCGAUUCCUGGCUCUCCCGGAGGGCAUAGACCUGGCCCUCCAUCGGGCGAAAGUGUGGUCGAAGUACACGAAGGAUGUGAUCGCGUAUAUCGAGAAGAGGUCGCAGAUAGAGGCCGAGCACUCGCGCACUCUCAUUAAACACGCCCACCAAAUGAAAGCCAUACUCAAGGAGGAGUCGUUCCUCCCGUUCCAAUCGAUAUACUGCACGGCCAUCGACCAGGACAUCGAGAACGGCAACUCGUCGUUGGCUACCUGUGCGCUGCUGUUGGGCCACAAGUUUGUGGAGCCGAUGACCGCCAGACGUGUAGAGCACGAGAAGACACGCAAACAAAUCAAAGAGAUGUGGACUCGAGAGCUGAAGCGUAUG